GGACGGUUUUGGGACAGGUCUGGGGCACCAGAACCGGCUCAGGCAGGUCUCCCACCCCUUACCCUGGGGGUCUCCAUGGGAAUGAACGCCAGUUCAUCAGGCACCCAGCUCAGUCGAGGGGGCGGGACCCAGCGCAGCCCGGCCCCUCCCUGGACCAGGACCUCAAAUACCGGUCCCUGCCCUGGUGCCAGAGCUGCGGCCAGAAGGAGUCAGUGCAGUCCUGUGUCGGACACGCCUGCAGCCUGGACCCGGGAUCCCCAUUCCCCUAGGACCUCUGAGCCUCGGGCCUCCGCACCCACAUCCAAGGCGGCAGCGUCUGUCCUCAGCCUCUCGCUCCGCACCAUGGGCGGGCCCCGGGCCCUGCUGGCCGCGCUCUGGGCGCUGGAAGCCGCCGGGACUGCCGCGCUUCGCAUCGGCGCCUUCAACAUUCAAAGCUUCGGUGACAGCAAAGUGUCGGACCCGGCUUGUAGCAGCAUCAUCGCGAAGAUCCUGGCUGGCUAUGACCUCGCGCUGGUGCAGGAGGUGCGAGACCCAGACCUCAGCGCCGUAUCCGCGCUCAUGGAGCAGAUCAACAGCGUGUCCGAGCACGAGUACAGCUUUGUGAGCAGCCAGCCCCUGGGCCGGGACCAGUACAAAGAGAUGUACCUGUUCGUGUACAGGAAAGACGAGGUGUCGGUCGUGGACACCUACCUGUACCCGGACCCCGAGGACGUCUUCAGCCGCGAGCCCUUCGUGGUCAAGUUCUCGGCCCCCAGCUCAGGUGAGCGGGCCCCGCCCCUCCCCUGCCGCCGGCCCGCCCCUCCCCUGCCGCCGAGUCUGACGCCCCCACCCCUUCCCGCAGCAGCACAGAAGCUGGUGCUGAUUCCGCUGCACGCGGCGCCGCAUCAAGCCGUGGCGGAGAUCGACGCGCUCUACGACGUGUACCUGGACGUGAUCGACAAGUGGGGCACCGACGACAUGCUGUUCCUGGGCGACUUCAACGCCGACUGCAGCUAUGUGCGGGCGCAGGACUGGGCCGCCAUCCGUCUGAGGAGCAGUGAGGUCUUCAAGUGGCUCAUCCCUGACAGCGCCGACACCACGGUGGGCAACUCAGACUGCGCCUACGACCGCAUUGUGGCCUGUGGCGCCCGCUUGCGCCGGAGCCUGAAGCCCCAGUCGGCCACCGUUCACAACUUCCAGGAGGAAUUCGGUCUGGACCAGACUCAGGCUCUCGCCAUCAGUGACCACUUUCCGGUGGAGGUGACCCUCAAGUCCCACCGAUGACUCGAGGCCUGGCUGAGGGAUGCCACCUGCAGACCCUGGCUCUGAGGAAUGGCCCAACAGUGGCCCCUUCAGGGUGGCAGCCACCCUUCAGUGAGGCUCCAAGGCAGAGUCGGCUGGGCGUGGACCGGGGCCAUGGACACGUGAUGCGCUGCUCUGUACCUCCAUUCCCCAUCUGUGAGAUGGGCUGCAUCCAGCGACCUCAUGGGGUGUUGUGAGCCCCAUGAGGGGUGCAGGGGGCACUGCCCGGCAGUUGUCUGCUCAAUAAAUGAGCCGCUCCUGGUUGGGCCCCGCAGCUUGGCUCCCACGCCUCUGUCCUUCCUUAGGACCCAGCCUCAGCUUCUUAGGGGCAGCCAUGGCCUGGGCUGCCCACCCCGUGUCCUGGUGGGACCUGGCUGCCCCCAGAGCCUGUUGACCCCGCAAGGCAGCUCAGGGACGCCCCUUGCUCAUCCUCUGUGGAAACUACAAAUGCUCCCAGUAGCCUGUACUGUGAGCACAGCUGGGACAGGGAUGG